AUGGCCUACAUUCAAAAGAAAGAGGCGGGAACCGAUGAAGAAAUCUGGUACGGAUAUGAGCUUGAUACUGAAAUACUAGAUUUGGUCGGUAACAGACAUGUGUAUGAGACAAAUUGUGACUUUGACUUAGACCUGUGCACCUUUACCCAAGCUACUACCGAUGAUAUUGAUUGGACGAGGCGAGCAGGUAACACGCCGUCUACGGAUACCGGCCCGGAAAAUGAUCAUACAAUUGGCACAGCGGCUGGAUUCUACAUCUUCACAGAAGCAUCGACCAUUUUCAACAAAGUUGCCGCACUGGAGUCGGAACUCAUUCUUGCGUCGUCCGGGCGAUUGUGCGCCGAUUUUUGGUACCACAUGUGGGGAGCUGACAUUGGUACACUCAAUAUCUAUGCCAAGACCGGGACCACGCUGGGCCAGGUCCUAUGGACCCAAAGUGGGGCUCUGUCCAGGAACUGGUUUGAGGCCCAGAUUGAUUUCAUCCCUACUGCCGAUUUUAAGUUCGUAUUUGAGGGCGUUACUGGUGCGAGUUUCAAAAGUGACAUCGCUCUCGAUGACAUCUAUAUUACAACAGGAGCAUGCAGAGAUCCAAUCUGCAGUUGUGACUUUGACUUAGACCUGUGCACCUUUACCCAAGCUACUACCGAUGAUAUUGAUUGGACGAGGCGAGCAGGUAACACGCCAUCUACGGAUACCGGCCCGGAAAAUGAUCAUACAAUUGGCACAGCGGCUGGAUUCUACAUCUUCACAGAAGCAUCGACC